UCCAACACUGCACAUAGAUCUACUGAGUGACUGCUGUAGUUCUGAUCUUUCUUUCAUCUUCAAAAAGACUUCAUUCAUUUUUCGGCCACAACCUGAUUCAGUGAUUGCUUGUUAUUUUUGAAAUAGACUGUAUGUGCGGUCCUCCCCGGGUACUUUCGAAAACGUUGUCGUGUAAACGUAGCCUCAGCUGGAUGAUGGAGGCCGAGGUUUCUGCAUCCGUAGCCUAGGCGUAGGAACGCCACCACCCCCAAGCCAGGAUCAAGGCGCAGAAUGAUGCAUCUCCUAAAGUGGUGGGAGGAUUCUUCCAGGUAGCGAGCCUCCGUCAGUGGAGAGAGCGCGGUAGUGGCUUAUCAUGGCCGGGGUGGAGAGCUCUCGCAAGCGGCCUGGCACGGCGGAGGUUGGUCCAUGAUCCCGGCGUUGCCAAAUGUCCAGCAUGCAACACACCACAAUCAUCAACUCAAUCGGCACCAGCUGCUGCUGCUCCCGGUGUAGCGUUGGUCACGCUACAAGCUCAGCAUUUGCGUAUACGCUCAGCGUACUGUUCAAUACGACGUUCGCUACAAGCUCAGCAUUUGCGUAUACGCUCAGUGUACUGUUCAAUACGACGUUCGUUCUACCAUACAACGGUCGCAUGACAGUACGUUGCUGUUUGUGAUUAUUUUCCAUAAAUAGCGUUUAUUUUAUCUUUCACUAUGAGUUCAGAGUUUUACUGCUAGAGGCAGUUUUGCCGUUCUAGAGAGAGAGAAUUGUGAAUAAAGUUAGUUUCAAGUUGUUAGGUUGUUUUGCCUCCAGGCCGAUUACAUAAUUGGUGGCAGCGGUGGUUAAAGUCAACUUUGUCAGAUUCGACCCCACCUGUUUUUACAUUGGUAGCAAUGGUUCUACAAAAUUGGUGGCAGCGGUAAAGUUUUGUUCUAGUUGCAUGUUUUCCGACGUAAUGGCCGCUACACAUUUGUGACAGCCGUCAAUUUUAGUUUUAGUUUUCAUCCACGUUUCGCUGAGGUCUCAAGUUAGUUCGUGUAUCUGAAGGAGCACCCGCCGUCACCCGCCGCUGUCCCAGCUCCGCUGCUCCUGCCGCCCGCCACAACUAGCCAGUCAUGAUGGCAGCCAACGUGUCUUUAGGGAUUAGGCUCCAUGACAGAUAGCGCUCGCGUCUCAAAGGACGGUGCUCCAUGUACAUUGCCAGUGUAAGCUAAUUCCAGAUAUGGCAUUUUUUUUCCUGUCUUCCUUCAGUCUUCCUGUUCUCUUCAGCCUUCCUUUACGCGAGCGUGUGAAUUCAGUUUAGUUUUGUAGGCGUCUGAUCAUGGUGAACCACGGUCUAUCUAAUUAAUCUGGGACGAUGUUAAUAUAUAAUAAUAGUGUAUUCAGUUCGGUUCUGAACUGCGGUUUUCCUGGCGGGUUGCGCCAGCGUUUUACAGGAAGUGUAUUGAGGUUUCACUUUUGAACCCGUGAGAUAGUUUGACCCCGGUGUGCUUCUAUUUUUAUGAUUUGUUAUCAGUUCAUUUCUUCUGUCUACUCCAUAAACGUUAUAAUUUCCGAUAUUAUUUGCCAUACAUAUCCCGGUUGACGCUCUAUGUUCUUUCGUCGAGGUUGUCCCGACGCGACCAUGCAUACCGCCAAAUGUUUCGACCACCAACCCGCUACUAAUCACGAGGACGUGAUUGUCUUUGAGAGGGGAGGUGUAGCGUUGGUCACGCGUUGGUCACGCUACAAGCUAGCAUUUGCGUAUACGCUCAGCGUACUGUUCAAUACGAUGUUCGCUACAAGCUCAGCAUUUGCGUAUACGCUCAGCGUACUGUUUAAUACGACGUUCAUUCUACCAUACAACGGUCGCAUGACAGUACGCUGCUGUUUGUGAUUAUUUUCCAUAAAUUGCGUUUAUUUUAUCUUUCACAAUGAGUUCAGAGUUUUACUGCUAGAGGCAAUUUUGCCGUUCUAGAGAGAAAGAGAGAAUAGUUAAUAAAGUUAGUUUCGAGUUGUUAGGUUGUUUUGCCUCCAGGCCCGCUACACCAGUGCCACUCCAGCUUCUGCUCCAACCAUAACUGCCAGUGAUGACAGAUCCUUGCUUGAUUUGCUGAACGUCAAAUCAGGCACGUGGACCUGUUCUGGCUGUUAUCUUAGCCAAGAUCCCAGUGUCGCCAAAUGUCCAGCAUGCAACACACCACAAUCAUCAACUCAAUCGGCACCAGCUGCUCCAUCUGCUGCUGCUCCCAGUGCUACUCCAGCUUCUGCUCCAACCAUAACUGCCAGUGAUGGCAGAUCCUUACGUGAAUUGCUGAACAUCAAAUCAGGCACGUGGCCCUGUUCUGGCUGUUGUUUUAGCCAUGAUCCCCGCGUUGCCAAAUGUCCAGCAUGCAACACACCACAAUCAUCAACUCAAUCGGUACCAGCUGCUCCAUCUGCUGCUUCAGCUGCUGCUGCUCCCAGUGCUAAUCCAGUUUCUGCUCCAACCAUAACUGCCAGUGAUGGCGGAUCCUUGCGUGAAAUGAUGAACAUCAAAUCAAGCACGUGGACCUGUUCUGGUUGUUAUCUUAGCCAUGAUCCCAGCGUCGCCAAAUGUCCAGCAUGCAACACACGUAAAUCAUCAACUCAAUCGGCACGAGCUGCUCCCAGUGCUACUCCAGCUUCUGCUCCGACCAUAACUGCCAGUGAUGGCAGAUCCUUGCUUGAUUUGCUGAACUGUACUGGUUGUUAUCUUAGCCAUGAUCCCGGCGUUGCCAAAUGUCCAACAUGCAACACACCACAAUCAUGAACUCAAUCGGCACCAGCUGCUCCCAGUGCUACUCCAGAUUCUGCUCCAACCAUAACUGCCAGUGAUGGCAGAUCCUUGCUUGAUUUGAUGAACUGUACUGGUUGUUAUCUUAGCCAUGAUCCCGGCGUUGCCAAAUGUCCAGCAUGCAACACACCACAAUCAUCAACUCAAUCGGCACCAGCUGCUCCAUCUGCUUCUUCAGCUGCUGCUGCUCCCAGUGCUACUCCAGCUUCAGUUCCAACCAUAACUGCCAGUGAUGGCAGAUCCUUACGUGCUUUGCUGAACAUCAAAUCAGGCACGUGGACCUGUUCCGGCUGUUGUUUUAGCCAUGAUCCCAGCGUUGCCAAAUGUCCAGCUUGCAACACACCACAAUCAUCAACUCAAUCGGUACCAGCUGCUGCUGCUCCCAGUGCUAAUCCAAAUUCUGCUCCAACCAUAACUGCCAGUGAUGGCGGAUCCUUGCGUGAAAUGAUGAACAUCAAAUCAAGCACGUGGACCUGUUCUGGUUGUUAUCUUAGCCAUGAUCCCAGCGUCGCCAAAUGUCCAGCAUGCAACACACCACAAUCAUCAACUCAAUCGGCACCAGCUGCUCCAUCUGCUGCUUCAGCUGCUGCUGCUCCCAGUGCUACUCCAGCUUCUGCUCCAACCAUAACUGCCAGUGAUGGCAGAUCCUUACGUGAUUUGCUGAACAUCAAAGCAGGCACAUGGACCUGUACUGGUUGUUAUCUUAGCCAUGAUCCUGGCGUUUACAAAUGUCCAGCAUGCAACACACCGCAAUCAUCAAGUCAAUCGGCACCAGCUGCUGCUGCUCCCAGUGCUACUCCAGCUUCUGCUCCAACCAUAACUGCCAGGGAUGACAGACCCUUACGUGAUUUGCUGAACAUCAAAUCAGGCAGGGGGACCUGUUCUGGCUGUUAUUUUAGCGAUGAUCCCAGCGUCGCCAAAUGUCCAGCAUGCAACACACCACAAUCAUCAACUCAAUCGGUACCAGCUGCUCCAUCUGCUGCUUCAGCUGCUGCUGCUCCCAGUGCUAAUCCAGCUUCUGCUCCAACCGUAACUGCCAGUGAUGGCAGAUCCUUGCGUGAAAUGAUGAACAUCAAAUCAAGCACGUGGACCUGCUCUGGUUGUUAUCUUAGCCAUGAUCCCAGCGUCGCCAAAUGUCCAGCAUGCAACACACCACAAUCAUCAACUCAAUCGGCACGAGCUGCUCCCAGUGCUACUCCAGCUUCUGCUCCAACCAUAACUGCCAGUGAUGGCAGAUCCUUGCUUGAUUUGCUGAACUGUACUUGUUGUUAUCUUAGCCAUGAUCCCAGCGUUGCCAAAUGUCCAGCAUGCAACACACCACAAUCAUCAACUCAAUCGGCACCAGCUGCUCCAUCUGCUUCUUCAGCUGCUGCUGCUUCCAGUGCUACUCCAGCUUCUGUUCCAACCAUAACUGCCAGUGAUUGCAGAUCCUUACGUGCUUUGCUGAACAUCAAAUCAGGCACGUGGACCUGUUCUGGCUGUUGUUUUACCCAUGAUCCCAGCAUUGCCAAAUGUCCAGCAUGCAACACACCACAAUCAUCAACUCAAUCGGUACCAGCUGCUCCAUCUGCUGCUUCAGCUGCUGCUGCUCCCAGUGCUACUCGUUUCUGCUCCAACCAUAACUGCCAGUGAUGGCGGAUCCUUGCGUGAAAUGAUGAACAUCAAAUCAAGCACAUGGACCUGUUCUGGUUAUUAUCUUAGCCAUGAUCCCAGUGUUGCGAAAUGUCCAGCAUGCAACACACCACAAUCAUCAAUUCAAUCGGCACCAGCUGCUCCAUCUGCUGCUUCAGCUGCUGCUGCCCCCAGUGCUAGUCCAGCUUCUGCUCCAACCAUAACUGCCAGUCAUGGCACAUCCUUGCUUGAUUUGCUGAACAUCAAAUCAGGCACAUGGACCUGUACUGUUUGUUAUCUUAGCCAUGAUCCCGGCGUUGCCAAAUGUCCAGCAUGCAACACACCACAAUCAUCAACUCAAUCGGCACCAGCUGCUGCUGCUCCCAGGUCUACUCCAGCUUCUGCUCCAACCAUAACUGCCAGUGAUGACAGAUCCUUGCUUGAUUUGCUGAACAUCAAAUCAGGCACGUGGACCUGUUCUGGCUGUUAUCUUAGCCAUGAUCCCAGUGUCGCCAAAUGUCCAGCAUGCAACCCACCACAAUCAUCAACUCAAUCGGCACCAGCUGCUCCAUCUGCUUCUUCAGCUGCUGCUGCUCCCAGUGCUGAUCCAGUUUCUGCUCCAACCAUAACUGCCAGUGAUGGCAGAUCCUUGCGUGAAUUGAUGAACAUCAAAUCAAGCACGUGGACCUGUUCUGGUUGUUAUCUUAGCCAUGAUCCCAGCGUCGCCAAAUGUCCAGCAUGCAACACACCACAAUCAUCAACUCAAUCGGCACCAGCUGCUCUACCUGCUGCUGCUCCCAGUGCUACUCCAGCUUCUGCUCCAACCAUAACUGCCAGUGAUGGCAGAUCCUUGCUUGAUUUGCUGAACUGUACUGGUUGUUAUCUUAGCCAUGAUCCUGGCGUUGCCAAAUGUCCAACAUGCAACACACCACAAUCAUGAACUCAAUCGGCACCAGCUGCUCCCAGUGCUACUCCAGAUUCUGCUCCAACCAUAACUGCCAGUGAUGGCAGAUCCUUGCUUGAUUUGCUGAACUGUACUGGUUGUUAUCUUAGCCAUGAUCCCAGCGUCGCCAAAUGUCCAGCAUGCAACACACCACAAUCAUCAACUCAAUCGGCACGAGCUGCUCCCAGUGCUACUCCAGCUUCUGCUCCAACCAUAACUGCCAGUGAUGGCAGAUCCUUGCUUGAUUUGCUGAACUGUACUGGUUGUUAUCUUAGCCAUGAUCCCGGCGUUGCCAAAUGUCCAGCAUGCAACACACCACAAUCAUCAACUCAAUCGGCACCAGCUGCUCCAUCUGCUUCUUCAGCUGCUGCUGCUCCCAGUGCUACUCCAGCUUCUGUUCCAACCAUAACUGCCAGUGAUGGCAGAUCCUUACGUGAUUUGCUGAACAUCAAAUCAGGCACGUGGACCUGUUCUGGCUGUUGUUUUAGCCAUGAUCCCAGCGUUGCCAAAUGUCCAGCAUGCAACACACCACAAUCAUCAACUCAAUCGGUACCAGCUGCUGCUGCUCCCAGUGCUAAUCCAAAUUCUGCUCCAACCAUAACUGCCAGUGAUGGCGGAUCCUUGCGUGAAAUGAUGAACAUCAAAUCAAGCACGUGGACCUGUUCUGGUUGUUAUCUUAGCCAUGAUCCCAGCGUCGCCAAAUAUCCAGCAUGCAACACACCACAAUCAUCAACUCAAUCGGCACCAGGUGCUCCAUCUGCUGCUUCAACUGCUGCUGCUCCCAGUGCAACUCCAGCUUCUGCUCCAACCAUAACUGCCAGUGAUGGCAGAUCCUUACGUGAUUUGCUGAACAUCAAAGCAGGCACAUGGACCUGUACUGGUUGUUAUCUUAGCCAUGAUCCUGGCGUUUACAAAUGUCCAGCAUGCAACACACCACAAUCAUCAAGUCAAUCGGCACCAGCUGCUGCUGCUCUCAGUGCUACUCCAGCUUCUGCUCCAACCAUAACUGCCAGUGAUGACAGACCCUUACGUGAUUUGCUGAACAUCAAAUCAGGCAGGGGGGCCUGUUCUGGCUGUUAUUGUAGCGAUGAUCCCAGCGUCGCCAAAUGUCCAGCAUGCAACACACCACGAUCAUCAACUCAAUCGGUACCAACUGCUCCAUCUGCUGCUUCAGCUGCUGCUGCUGCUCCCAGUGCUGAUCCAGUUUCUGCUCCAACCAUAACUGCCAGUGAUGGCAGAUCCUUGUGUGAAAUGAUGAACAUCAAAUCAAGCACGUGGACCUGCUCUGGUUGUUAUCUUAGCCAUGAUCUCAGCGUCGCCAAAUGUCCAGCAUGCAACACACCACAAUCAUCAACUCAAUCGGCACCAGCUGCUUCCAGUGCUACUCCAGCUUCUGCUCCAACCAUAAUUAAUUGCCAGUGAUGGCAGAUCCUUGCUUGAUUUGCUGAACUGUACUGGUUGUUAUCUUAGCCAUGAUCCCGGCGUUGCCAAGUGUCCAGCAUGCAACGCCCGGACAUCAUGACCUGCAAGAGUAGUAACUUGUCAACUCGGAACUGGUCGCCAAUCACCUUGGUGUUUCUCAAUCCACCAGCCAAACCUCUGUGUUGAUGAUGGUCUCACUGGUGUUUGAACAGAACGUGACAAACGCAUACAUACAAACGUAUGUGCCUCAUUCAUCACAUGAAGAUGCUGCAGCUCGCUAGUUGUUCUUCGCAUCAUUUAAUUUGGUUAGAAAUUGCUAGUGCCAGCAUGAUACAUCGUGUUUGUUUGGUCCCGGCUGUGUCAAAUUUGAAUACUGUAGUGUCUUGUAUAAAAGCCUGUCUUGUAUAGAAGCCUGUUUUGAAUACAAGCCUAAUUUUUAAGAUACACUGUCAGCACAUAAGCCUAGUUUUAGUAUUGACCUACAUCGAGAUACGUGGUUUGAAUACAAGCCUAGCACUGAUAUCGGCUUAUACGGCCGUAGGGGACCGUCCGUAAAUGUCGAACUUUUUUCACCAAACGAAUUAUUUUAGUUUAGACCCAACCCCUCCCUCCCUCCCCCUCAUAACGUAAAAAUUGUUGACAUAUGCAUGCAUAUACAACAAAAGUCGCAAGUGUGUCACUGCUCCUAUGGCCAUGUACAUGUAUCGAAGUUUUCUGAAACGAAAUUAGUCAACCCCCUCC